AUGGCUGUCAAAGUCAACAAUAAUGAUGCGUUGAUUGAAGAUUUGGCAGUUCGCAUGGAUAAAUUAGAAACUUUAUUCAAAUUAUUUCAAGAACAACAAAAUAUGAUUUUGGAUGUCCUAAUAGAACUCAAUAUCGUCGAUGAAUUUUCCGUUGAUUCAGACGUAACAAUCUCCACAGAAGAAUUGUACUACAACACCUAUGCUAUAGCCGCUAAAUUACACAGUGUUAAACCAAUGAAUAGUUCUGUGUUAAACGCCCUGCAUAUAUCGACUUCCGUGUCUUCCGUUUUAGCAUUACCUAAAAUCGAUUUGCCUAAAUAUGAUGGUAACUUAAUUCAAUGGAGACCUUUCCGUGAUAAGUUUGUAUCUUUAAUACGCCGAAAUGACAAUCUAAGUAAAAUUGACCAAUUUCAUUACCCAUUAUCUUGUCUAUCUGGUCCGGCAUUGUUUUGUAUCAGUUCAUUACCUCUCACCGACAGUAAUUAUGAUAUUGCCUAG